AGCUGCUGUAUUUGCAUGGUGGUCCUGGUUUCUGGUAGGUGGAGCGGCCUGUCCCUCGGGUGGCCGGGCCCGCCCACUCCACCUCGGUCUCUACUCUUCCUGCGCAGUUCUCCUUCGCAGCCUCAGCGAGGAAGUGCCGGGGCUGCUCUCAGGAGCAGUUCGCAGGGCAGCGAGGAGGCAGCCCCGGGCAGCGGCCGUACGCACCGUCCGAGCGGCCAGGACGCGGGAGCGCAGCGUUCUCCUGCCCCAGAGCGGGCCGUCGCGCCGUCAGAGCCGCCUCCAGGCCAGCAGUUGCCGCCACCCGACUUUCGUUCCAGUUGCGGCUCCUCCCGGGCAACAUGUCAAAAGCCGCGGCCGCUACAGCUGCUGCCGCCACCUGGGGAAGAGCAGCAGGAGCAGCCGCGGUGGCCCCGGGCGCACGGGUACAAUAAACCCACCCACCGGGCGUCCGGAGAGCCAAGGAACCCUCUCCGCGCUCACGGCUCCGGCGAGACCAGUGCCAUGUGCUGAGCCAUGCCCCUCGCCGCGCCCGCGGGCAGCGCAUGGGGCAGCGCCUGAGCGGCAGCCGAUCCUGCCUCCAUGUCCCCAGCUGGCUUCUGCCCCAGCCGCAGGCGCCCCCGCCACCGGUGAGGAGGAAGCUCGCGCUGCUCUUCGCCAUGCUUUGCAUCUGGCUCUACAUGUUCUUGUACUCGUGCGCCGGCUCGUGCGCCGCCGCGCCGGGGCUGCUGCUGCUGGGCUCGGGGUCCCGCGCCGUCCACGACCCGCCAGCCCUGGCCACGGGUCCCGACCGGGCUUUCCCCAGGCUGCUGUUCCAGACAGUACCAGCCACCCCGUUGGCUGCGGCCCAGGAGAAGGCCGAGGGCGCCACGAGCCAAGAGGAGCAGAGUCCCGAGGCGCCGGACUCCCCCAGCCCCAUCUCCAGCUUCUUUAGCGGGUCCGGGAGCAAGCAGCUGCCGCAGGCCAUCAUCAUCGGCGUGAAGAAGGGCGGCACGCGGGCGCUGCUCGAGUUCCUGCGCGUGCACCCCGACGUGCGCGCCGUGGGCGCCGAGCCCCACUUCUUCGACCGCAGCUACGACAAGGGCCUCGCUUGGUACCGGGACCUGAUGCCCAGAACCCUGGACGGGCAGAUCACCAUGGAGAAGACGCCCAGCUACUUCGUCACCCGGGAGGCCCCCGCGCGCAUCUCGGCCAUGUCCAAGGACACCAAGCUCAUCGUGGUGGUGCGCGACCCGGUGACCAGGGCCAUCUCGGACUACACGCAGACGCUGUCCAAGCGGCCCGACAUCCCCACCUUCGAGAGCUUGACGUUCAAAAACAGGAGCACGGGCCUCAUCGACACGUCGUGGAGCGCCAUCCAGAUCGGCAUCUACGCCAAGCACCUGGAGCACUGGCUGCGCCACUUCCCGCUCGGCCAGAUGCUCUUCGUGAGCGGCGAGCGGCUCAUCAGCGACCCGGCCGGCGAGCUGGGCCGCGUGCAGGACUUCCUGGGCCUCAAGGCGAUCAUCACCGACAAGCACUUCUACUUCAACAAGACCAAGGGCUUCCCCUGCCUGAAGAAGGCCGAGGGCAGCAGCAAGCCUCACUGCCUGGGCAAGACCAAGGGCCGGACCCACCCCGACAUCGACCCCGAGGUGGUGCGGCGGCUGCGCGAGUUCUACCGGCCCUUCAACCGCAAGUUCUACCAGAUGACCGGGCACGACUUCGGCUGGGAUUGAAGGCACCCGGCCCGCGUCGCUGACCACUUGGCUUAUAUAUUGAGAGAGAUUAUAU